AUGAAAGGCUCUUCGAUCGUUCUGCUCUACGCCGCGACCUUGGCGUCCGGCAUGGUCAUGAACCCCAGGCAUGCUGCUGAGGCUCGCAUUGCCGUCCGUGGCGGCGGUGGUGACGAGGGUGGUGGUGACUGGUGGGGCCAUGGUGACCAUGGUGAUCACGGUGAUCACGAUGAUGACCACGACGGAGACCAUGGUCAUGGCGGUCCACCGGCAGAGACUACUCCCUGUGAGACGGAUGAACCUACUCCUACUCCUCCUCCAGUUGAGACCACCACUCCUUGCGAGACGGAGACUCCUCCCCCAGUGGAGACUCCGCCGCCUGUUGAGACCUCCACCCCGUGUGAAACUGAUACUCCCACACCUCCCCCGGUUGUGACCCCGACUACCACCCCGUGUGAGACUGAUACGCCAACUCCUCCCCCAGUCGAGACGUCUACUCCCUGUGAGACGGACACCCCUACUCCUCCAGUUGUGACGCCCACUACCACCCCGUGUGAGACUGAUACGCCUACUCCUCCUCCGGUUGAGACGUCCACUCCCUGUGAGACUGACACUCCAACCCCACCUCCUGUUGAGACUUCCACUCCUUGUGAGACUGAUACGCCCACUCCCCCUCCUGCCACCUCUACCCCGGUGUCUCCCACUACUCCCUGCGAGACUGAUACGCCCACUCCUCCUCCGGCGUCAUCAACUCCUUGCGAGACUGACACCCCUACUCCUCCUCCCGCAACCUCCACCCCAGUGUCCCCCACCACCCCGUGUGAGACUGAUACUCCUACUCCUCCCCCCGCCACAUCUACCCCGGUGUCUCCCACUACUCCAUGUGAGACGGACACACCCACCCCUCCCCCGGCGUCAUCUACUCCUUGCGAGACUGAUACGCCUACUCCUCCUCCCGCCACCUCUACUCCGGUGUCUCCCACCACUCCUUGCGAGACGGAUACUCCCACCGUUCCUCCUCCUGCCAGCACCACUCCAUGUGAGACGGAUACUCCCACCGUCCCUCCUCCUGCUAGCACCACUCCUUGCGAGACGGAUACUCCCACCGUCCCUCCUCCUGCUAGCACUACUCCCUGUGAGACCGAAACCCCGACAGUUCCUCCCCCGGCUUCCACCACGCCUUGUGAAACCGAGACUGUUCCUCCCCCUCCAGUCACUGUGACUACCACCUGGACUACCACCACAUGCCCAGUGACAUGGACUACCGUCUCGAGCGGAACGACAACCUACACGCACCCAGUGACCCAAACUAACACAAUCACUGUGACAUCCGUGUCUACCUGCACCGAGGGUUGCACCCAGCCUACGGUUCCUGUCGUCGUUCCUCCCCCAGUCCACACUACUUCCGUAGUUGUGCCUCCUCCAGUCCACACUACUUCUGUUGUCGUGCCUCCCCCGGUGCAGACCACAUCCGUGGAGGUUCCUCCUCCAGUCCACACUACUUCCGAAGUUGUGCCUCCCCCAGCGCAGACUACUUCUGUUGAAGUUCCCCCUUCUGCCACUGAGCCAGCUACCUCGGCUGCAUCCACCUCGCCAGUGUCCCCUGUGCAGCCCACAACUGCGGCCACUUCGGCAUCCUCAACCACUGCUCCUCCCGCCUCCUCCUCGCCUGCUUUCAACAGUGCUCCCGCUCAGUUCCAAAAGGGCAUUGCUGCCUUUAUUCCGGGCCUCGCCCUUCUGUUUACUUUGCUGUAA